GAAGAGAUCUCCCGAAAUCAGGUCUAGCCCUCCUAGCUCACCAAUGAGAACCAUUUUUCAAUCACCAAAUGCUUCUCCAAAGAAAAAAAGACGCGUAGAGUCACCCGCUUUCGAUGACGAAGAGUUAGCUAGAAUGUCUACAGUUUUUGGGCUACGACAAUCUCCGACUGUUUCUGAUUUUGACGUGAGUCUGUGAAUAUAAUAUGCUAGUGGUUCAUCAUGAAGUGGUCAUACAGUUUCACACACGAGGGCAAGGGCUCCGCCUGUCUCCUACGGUUUCGGACUUCUUUAACAACAAUGGAGCAGGCCCAUCGACAGCGGCCACCAUGUCGGGAACAACUUUGAACGACAACCUGCAACGGGACCUAUAUCAGAUGAACGUCCUUGAUGCAAGCGCUACGACAUAUCAAUUUCAAGACGAAGAAUUUGACGAAACAGAUGGGAUCGCCAUUCCCGGCGAAAUAGAACCCGACUGUGACCAAAGCGACAACGAUGUACCUGUUCGAAUUCUGGAUGAUUUUGUUAUAUACGACGAUCAGCAAAAUAUCGUCGGCAUCGAAGCACUUAACACGCUUACUCUUCCUCUUAAGAGUGGGAAAAAAGGCAAGAACAAAGCAACACGAACGUUCCGUGCAAGCGGGAUUGUCAGAGCUAAGGAGGUCGAAGGUCCUGAAGAUGACAUUGAUCAUCUUUCGGACCUAGAUGAGGGAGAGUCGGUUAUGCGCUUGCGAUUGGGGUGUAUCUUGGACUUCAAUGUUCAUCACUUUUCCGAGAAAACGCAACAGCUAGACGGGAACAUAUAUAUCUGUACAGACAUGGCAUGGUAUAUCCUGCAUGUACCUUCCGACAUUUAUGCACCUUUUUUCCGCGACUUUUUUGUGAAACAUCGCGUCGCCCAUCAAGUGGCUUCUCAUGCAUUGCAAGAUAGAAGGGCUACGUACGAAGACUUUGUCACUUCUUUGGGCGAUAUACAUGAGAGCACAGAGUGUGUCUCAUCUCAGGCUGUCAUUGGGCGUGAUAUAAAUAUUGGUGAUGUAGUAUCUGACGACACGAUUCCAUAUUUAAUCGGCACGCUACCCGUUAUAUGUGCAAAUGCCGAUGAACGCCUCAAAACAGUGCCCCUCAUCAAGCACUUCUUUGAAGCCGCUGGCACGAGUAUCGAACUUUUUGACGACGGAGAUUCAUCCUACGCAUCUAUCGACACGCCUUCUUCUGAUGAAACGUCCGAAUCUCUUAGCGACAGAGCGAUGACACCCUCUUCGACAACGUCGUUUCCGAGGUCCAAAGCGAAAAAGAAAUCGCCCGAACCCCGCAAAUUGCCUUCAAACAAGGAGAAAGCUGUUCUCAUGCGCAGGGCAACAACGGUCGUUACGCCCAUUGUGGGCUCUAUAGCUGAAAAGCUUUACCGCCGAAACAGGAUGGAAGUUGCGGGGACGCUGGAGCAAGAUGAAGCGCCGCUUAAGGAAGUUGAAGAGAAUGUUAAACUCCACUAUGACAAUCCUGAAAAGAUCAUCUGGGGAGAGCGAAUCGCCAAGCAUCAUUAUGCUACUGUACAUCUCGAUGGCGUGGAGUAUCAGGCAGGAGACGUUAUCAUGGUCCUGCCGCCGAACAUCUCAUCCUCCAAUGCAAAGCCUAGUACUGACGAUGGUGAGAAGAGAGCCGAGGAUGGUAAAUCUCUUCCUCCGCUAUCGAAGAAUACCUUCGGAAAUCGAUACUGGUUCUGUCGUAUUUGUUAUUUCUUCUACGAUGAAGAGGACAAGACUAAGAAGUUUCACGGGCAUUGGUCUGAACACGGCAGCAGAACACUAAUGAAAGAAGUUGCUCAUUCGAAGGCCCUUUUUCAGAUGAAGACAUGCGAUGACAGUCCUAUCGCAUCCAUCAUCCGAAGAGUGGAUGUCAAGAUGCUAGGGGAACGUGACAAUGAGUACCUCGAUGACGGCGAUCCCGAGUCCACGGAUUAUUUUUGCAGUCUUGUCUGGGACAAUAAGCAACAUGAAUUUACAGAUCUUCCAUCUAUUGAGGAGGUGCUGGAUGCAACGUCAUAUCAGCCUCCGCACCUCAAAUGCUAUCCAUGCGCGCUCAAAGCCCGAGAAGAUGCUCAUGGAAUGGCUAGCCCUACCAAAGGUGGUGUCACCCAUUACGGGAUAGACUACCACAUUCACGACUGCGUAUAUGUCCGCAAUGAAGACCCUGAUGUCCUGCUUUUGAGUAUUGGACAAGUACGCUCUAUCAAUAUCGACAAGGAAGAAGUGAAGGUCGUGUAUCUCGGUCGCUACAAUGACCAUGAGUCUACGACAGACCCCAAUCAAGAGGAGCGUCAAUUAUUCAUGAGCCAGAGGACGCAGUCCGUAGCCGUCAGGCAGUUACAAGGCCUUUGUUUUGUCAAGCACUUGGUCAAUGAGGCAGCUAUCAGAUCAUGGAUCAAGCACGAUGACCACUUUUACUUGAAUCAAGUUGAAGAUUCCGAAGGGGGACUCAUACCCCUUUCUAUAAAGUCGUGGAAAAAAUGCAAACAUGGCUGUUUUGACGACCACGAGCAGGAACUCCGCGAUACACGACGACUACGGGAUCGAAACUCUCCCCUUCGUGGUUUGGAACUCUUCAGUGGUGCUGGUGGACUGGGCACGGGCAUGAUGUUUUCAGGUUUCGUUGAAACGAAAUGGGCUGUUGAGCUUUCACCAUCGGCUGCCCAGACAUACAAGUGUAAUCAUCCUGAUACUAUUGUCUACGAUCAAGAUGCGAACAUCCUUUUGGAUCAUGCUGUGCAAACCGAACACGGAAAGUACCCUCGUAAACUUAAAUCUUACGACGGCACAUACUUGGAGAACAUGCCAAAGAAAGACGAAGUUGAGUUCAUCUAUGGAGGUCCGCCCUGCCAGUCUUUCAGUAAGGCGAAUCAUAACCCAAAACCGGACGAUAUCAGAUCGACGUUACCAAUGGUUAUGCUGGCUUAUACAGAAUGGUACAAACCUCGAUAUUUUCUUUUAGAAAAUGUUGCGGGCAUGUUGACGGCUCGACUGGGAGCACAAUCCGCCUCACAUGGUCGCUCCUUAGUUGGUGGGAUGGAAAUGGGGGUUCUUAAGCUCAUCCUCAGGAUUCUGACAUCGUUAGGGUAUCAGGUGCGCGUAAAGAUUCUUCAGGCCGGCGCAUACGGUGCUCCUCAACAGCGCAACCGGAUUCUCAUCUGGGGAGCCCAACGAGGGUUGCCCUUACCUGAAUUUCCCAUUCCAACCCACGCUUUCCAAAGGCUAGCAUUUAGGUGGAAGUUACCCAGUUUUGAAGGGGAAUCGCUGUCUCGUGCAACAAGGUCUCGAAACCCAGAAGACGACCAUCAGUGUGCGCCUCUAAAACCGAUGACCGUUGACGAAGCUAUUGGGGAUCUUCCUCCCUGGGAUUGGAUCAACCCGCACAAGAUUAUCCAUUCGAGCGAUGACACAAAGAAAGAGACUCAGUGCAGGAUCGAUAUUGGGAUCAAACAGAUUUUGGCUGUCACAAGUGUUACUCACAGAAAACCAGGCAUUGAUAAUGCUGAAUAUAUAUUCUCGCCAAGGAACGCAUAUCAACGAUGGAUGCGCCAGGCAAACAUGCCCACAGUCAAUGAUCAUCACACCAAAACCUUUUCACAGCGGGUUGUGGAAGCCUCCACCUCUGUUCCGUUGAAACCAAAUGCAAAUCAGAAAGAUAUGAAUCAUCGUCUGUGUUCGAAGCAUAUGAUAAAUUCCAAAUACGUGUUUUAUGGACGGCUUAAUGGAAACGGGUACUUCCGCACUGCGAUGACCCUCGUAUCGCCUAACAGCAAGCAUAGCGUAUUGCUACAUCCUCACCAAAAAAGAAUUAUCAGCGUUCGAGAGGCUGCCCGAGCCCAAGGAUUCCCCGACAACUACACUUUUUGUUCAAUCAACAAGGCCAACUCGCAAAGCAUGAUUGAUGAUCAGUAUCGCCAAAUUGGAAACGCAGUGCCCGUGCCUUUGGCAUUAGCACUAGGCAAGUCCCUUGGAGCCGCGCUCUUCAAAACUUGGAAGAAGAAAGAUAGAGAGGGGAGUCCCUCUGUUUGAUCUAUUCGCAUAUAUUUAAGAUAUACCUGGUUUCUUGGUUGUCUUGCAAUCGAAAUCAACUU